GCUGGCGGCCCCCGCCCGGGUGGCUCCUGUGCCUCCCGCCUCCGCCCACUUCCUGGGGGGCAGGAAGAGGCUUCCGAGCUGGCGGAUUCACGUCGUGCUGCCUGGAAAUGACUCUACCCUUCCCAGGCAGGGAGAGUGGAGUUGAGCUCAGUUCGCCCUUCCUUUGAACGCUGUCAGCAAACCUCCGGGAAGCAGUGUCUUGUCUAGGGAAGAAAAGGGCUUUGAAGGACAUAAAGUGUGUUAAGCUUGGCCGUCUUUCUGGGCCAGAAAGUAGUGAUUUUGGAUGGUAGCGAGUCACCAAGCAACAAACCGCUUUACUCUUUAACACUUGUGCCUUCAAGGCUCUCAAGUGAGAGUUGUUGGUGUGAUAAACUCUGCUGUGGCUGUCACCAUGCAGAACAGCCGUGCAUCUGUGUCCUUCAGGAGCAAAGGCCUCCCGUUUAAUUAAGCUGGAUGCGAGUUGGGUGGUUUGGAGAAAAGUAGUAGCUGCAUGUGAUGUAACAGUCUGUUACUGAAUCGGUAGUGUCCCCUUGGUCUUGUCUGUUGUCAUAGGAGAUUUGAGAUAAGUGGAUUAAAGAAAUGCAUGGAAAGUGUUUGCCCCCCCCCACCGCCCCGUUCCUGUGCACACCUCUUCAGAUUCAUUGACAGGCUGUUGCAUAGUGCCAGUUGCUCCUUUUCCCAGCGGGACCACUGGUUAUAGAAACGGGCUUGGAGGAGAGGGUGCUUUCUUAGAACACAACCUUGGUGGUUUGUCUUUUUGGUGGUAUGUCUUUAAGUGAUAGCACUAGGUGAUACUUCCACCGGUCUUAACACCUUUCCUUUUCUGAUUAGCAUUAGGCAUUAUUUUGCUGUAUUUGUGUACCUAUAUGUCUGUUUCUGGCUGUACAUUUCCAUUUAGCACUGGAGUCUCCUGAUUUGUGCCUGCAACUGUUUUCUCAGGCACUACUAAGUGGCUUUGUGCAGGAAAGGUCCUUGGAAAUCUGUUGCACCAGCUUCUCUGAACAAAAGUGUCUGGGAGUUUUCCAAGGUUUUAACCUCAAGAGGAUUACAGCUCCACAGUUCAAGAGAGAUAGGGAGCUACUGGAGAGAGUCCAGAGGAGGGUGAUGAAGAUGAUUGGGUGAUUGGAGCAUCUCUCUUAUGAAGAAAGGCUGAAAGAGCUGGGGCUCUUUAGCCUGGAAAUGGGAAGACUGAGGGGAGACCUUAUCAAUGUAAGCCAUUUUAAGGAUGUAGGAUCAUUUAAAUACUUACCUGCUCAUGAAGAAUGUGGAAAAUGGCUGGUUUCAUAAACCAAGGAGCUCAUAUCCUGUUCUUAUGCUGUUAUGAAGAGUUAAGUCACUCAUGAGUGUUGGAUGGCAGGAAGUACAAGUAACUUUAUACAAUUAAAGUACAAUAUAAACUGGAAACAUUAUUUUCAUGCCUCUGAGGUAACUAGAAUAAAGAAUUAAUUCAAGACUACAAUAAUAACUGUUCAGCUAUAAAGAGCAUAGGAAAACGGAGAAGCAGAGUGGCUGGAUAAAGUUGUAGGUGUCUCAGAACUGUUGUGUAAAAAGUCACCUGGGAAGCUAAUAAGAUGACAUCUCUACCAAGGAGGGUGAAAUCUGAAGCCAAAGCCCUUACAUCAGAAUGUGAACUACCUUCAUUUCUUAAUUCAAGCUCUGAGUCGGAGGAGGAGGAAGAGGAGUGGGAGCCAAAAAGCAAAAUUGCAAAGAAACCUCAAUUGCUGAAGAAAAGUGAGGCAAAAACUAAAAAAGUUGGUACUCCACGGGCAGCUAUGGCUAGGAAAAAUGUUAAGAAAGUAGCAAUAAAAGAGGAAAUGGAUGUAUCCUUACCUGUUGCUCCUGCAGAAGAUAAUAGAAUUCAGCUCCUAAAACCUAAGGAAGAAGGUGCAGGCACUAAACCAAAAACUUUAAAUCGAAAACCAGAAGUGCCUAAAAAAAGGGAAAUAAAUUCAUUCCAGGGGAAGAAUGUAAAGAGUUUAGAGAGUGAUGAAAAGCCCUCGACAAGCGUUCCUGUAGUGGGAAAUCAAGUGAAACAUGAGAAAUCUGAGAAGGACUUUGCAUUUGAUGAACCACCUUUUAAAAAGAUUAAGUCAACUAUGUGUCCUGAAGGAAAACCAGUAAAACAUCUAGGAGGCAACAAAAUAAAAGAAGAAUAUGAAAUGAACUGGGAUAUUGUACAGGCCUUGUCAGAAAUUACAAACGUUGAACCAUGGGUAUGUGCAAACUUAAUUCGCCUCUUUCAAGAAGAAAACACAAUUCCUUUUAUUGCUCGAUAUCGAAAAGAGCUCAUCAAUAAUUUGGAGGCUGAUGCCUUGCGAGAAGUGCAGCAAACAUUGGAAGAGCUACGUACUGUUGCAAAGAAGACACAUACAAUGAUACAAAAAUUGAAGAAAGAAGGAAAGUUGUCUGGAUGCCUUUUAACAGCAUUAUUAAACUGCAGAACUUUGGAAGAAUUGGACCAUGUGUCUGCACCUUAUAAAACUGGGAGUAAAGGCACCAAAGCCCAGAGGGCCAAGCAACUGGGUUUAGAACCUGCUGCACUCUCCCUCCUGCAGAAUCCUAUGGAACUCAAUCUCUUUUCUUACAUUAGACCCAACACCAAAGGACUUUCGACUAUCCAGGAAGUAGAGGCAGGAGUACAGCAUAUUUUAGCUGACAUCUUUGCUAAAGAUAAAGAUACACUGGAUUUUAUCAGGAAACUAUGUCAGCAAAGGUACAUUUGUAUCCAGUCAGCCUUGGCAAAAGUGUCAUCCAAAAGUGGAAAUGAAAAAGAUAUUGAUAAAUUCCAACUGUACCAUGAGUUUUCAUGUAAUAUAAAGAACAUUCAGCAUCAUCAGAUUCUGGCCAUUAACCGAGGGGAAAAUCUGAAGAUCCUGACAGUGAAGGUCAACAUUCCUGACGGGGUGAAGAAUGAAUUCUGUUGGUGGUGUGUCAAUGAAAGAUGGAGACCAAAACAAUUUUUAAAACCAGAAUUUAUGAGGAUACUACGGAAUUCAGUAGAGGAUGCAUAUAAGCGCCUUAUAUAUCCUCUCCUCUGUAGAGAAUUCAGAUCGAAGUUGACAUCUGAUGCGGAGAAAGAGUCUGUGAUGAUGUUUGGGAGGAAUCUCCGGCAGUUGCUUCUGACCAGCCCUGUGAGGGGCCGUACUUUAAUGGGUGUAGAUCCUGGCUACAAACAUGGCUGCAAGUUGGCCAUUAUUUCACCAACCAGUCAGAUACUCCAUACUGAUGUCGUUUACUUGCAUUCUGGUCAAGGCUUUCGUGAAGCUGAGAAGAUAAAGAGGCUGCUGCUACAGCACAACUGUAGCACUGUUGUGAUUGGCAAUGGCACAGCCUGCAGAGAAACAGAAGCUUACUUUGCUGACUUAAUUAUGAAGAAAUAUUUUGCACCACUGGAUGUUGUUUAUUGCAUUGUCAGUGAAGCAGGAGCAUCUAUCUACAGCGUCAGUCCAGAAGCAUCCAAGGAAAUGCCAGACCUAGACCCUAACCUAAGAAGUGCAGUUUCCAUAGCUAGACGUGUCCAAGACCCAUUAGCCGAGCUCGUGAAAAUCGAGCCCAAACACAUAGGAGUUGGAAUGUAUCAGCAUGAUGUAUCACAGACUUUGCUCAAAGCAACUCUGGACAGUGUGGUUGAAGAGUGUGUCAGCUUUGUAGGAGUUGAUAUUAACAUCUGCUCAGAAAUACUAUUAAGGCACAUUGCAGGACUGAAUGCUAACAGGGCUAAAAAUAUAAUUGAAUGGCGAGAGAAGAAUGGACCAUUUAUAAACAGAGAACAGCUUAAGGAAGUUAAAGGUCUGGGUCCCAAAUCCUUCCAACAGUGUGCUGGCUUCAUCAGAUUCAAUCAAGAAUAUAUAAAGAACUUCUGCAGUAAAAAAGCUGAACUUGGAAGUCAUGCGCUUUUGACUAAAGCAGGUGCACAGGGUAAAAAGAAGUGCAAACCAGCAACAUAUGCCUCGCGACUGCCCAAUCCUUUGGACCAAACUUGUAUCCAUCCUGAGUCUUACAACAUUGCAAUGAGGUUUUUAUCUUUAAUUGGAGGAAAUGUAAAUGACAUAGGAAAAUCAGAUAUGCAGCAAAAGGUAAAUGCAGUAAUUCAAAAGGAAGGACUGGAGGGCACAGCCAAAAGGCUAAAUACAACAGUGCACACACUGCAGCUGAUCAUUGAUGGUCUGACUCAGCCUGAAGGCUUUGACAUCCGAACAGAUUUUGAUAAACCUGACUUCAAGAGAAGCAUUGUUUGCUUUGAAGACUUAAGUGUUGGUGCUAUUCUGACUGGAAAAGUGGAAAAUGCAACACCAUUUGGAGUUUUUGUUGAUGUUGGUGUGGGAAAAGCAGGUUUGAUCCCAGUGCGAAACAUAACAGAAGCAAAAUUAUCUAAAUUGAAGAAGAGAAGAAGUCUGGGGUUAGGUCCUGGAGAAAGAGUAGAAGUUAAAGUGCUUAAUGUGGAUAUUCCUCGAUUGAGGAUAACAUUGGAUCUUAUUCGUGUUUUAUGAGAGAUUUUUUUUUUUUUAUGAUUGAGCCUUCAUUUCAAAGGUUAAGUAAUGUCAGCAAGGUUCUGGAAUUUCAGGCAUUUAAUGAGUGUGGAAAAUGAACAAUUUUUGAAACCUUCAGCCUUGCUUUUUCUUUUCUUUUUUUUAAUGUAACAGUUUUUCCGCAUUUCUUGAAUCCUUUAUGUUAAUAAUUGUUGAAACAGUUUAUUGGAUUACCUCCAAGCAACCUUGUUAUUUUGUCUGCAGAGCAAAUGAAAUUCCAGGGGACUGUCAGACAGAUCUCUUAUCUGUUCUGUCUGUGCAAGAUUUGCUGUCUCAAUCUUUAGUUGGUACUGCAGGAGCAAUCACAUCUAUGGCUCCCCUUCAAAAAACAGCCAUUCAGUUUGCUGGUUUGCUGGUUUAGAGUCUGAAAGAAAGUAACUAGUUGUAGAAAAAAGUGAUCUUAAAUUAGUCAGUGAUUAUAUCGCUUCAAAAGUAGACUGUAAAAAGAGUAUCUGCUAAUACUAUUGAUGGUUCAGAGAUAUUCAGCUUUAAUUUAUUUGAAAGACAGUAUUAGGAGGUCUAUUUACCUGUCUUACUAUCGCUUGUUCAGUUAUCACUGGAUAACACUUGGAUGUACGUUGGAGUUUAAGGAACUUUGCUCAAAGGUGUUAAGACAUUUACGUUGUUCUACGCUUGUGCAAAAUAAAGACAUUUCUGGCCAUCUU